AUGACGGACGCCGUAUCCAUCGAACAGACUAAUAAGAUCCGAAUCUCUCUUGGACUGCCACCACUCGCUGUCCCGGGCGCCACCGGUCCAGCGUUCCAAGAUGACGACUCUUCGAGCGGAUCGGAAGACGAAGAAGACCCCGCGAGUACCAUUGAAACCCGUCAAGCGGAGGGAUACGACAACUGGAAGAAACUUCAGGAUGAAUCCGAUGCGAAGCGCCGACGCGAAGAAAAGAACGCUGCAAUCAAGAAAGCGCGCGACGAAGCCCAACGAAAACUACAACUAGAGGGCACUACGCUGGGUGAUGCGGAGGGACCCGAUCUCGAUACCAAAGCCUGGCUGAUGCAGUCUAAGAAACGAACAAAGAAAAUCGAGAAGGAACGAGCGCGCAAACUUGCUCAGGAAUUCGAGGAACGAGAACGUGAGGCCGCUAUUCAAUACACAGCUGCCGAUUUGGCUGGUGUCAAGGUUGGGCAUUCUAUGCGUGCUUUCGAAGGUGGCGAGGAUCACAUUCUUACACUGAAAGACGCUGGGAUUGAUGAAGAAGAAGAGGGCGAUGAGCUGGAGGAUGUGAAUCUGGCCGAGAAGGAGAAGGCGGAUGAGAGAAAUGAGUUGAAGAAGCGCAAGCCUGUCUAUGACCCCACUGCUGAAAAUCAAGGAAUCCUUUCACACUACGACGAGGAAAUCGAGGGCAAGAAGCGCAAGAGAUUCACACUUGAUGCCAAGGGCUCUACGGAAGAGGAACGGGAAGCUAAGAGACAGGAAGUCUCUAACAAAUUGAAGAUGGGCUCUAUCAGUCUUGAUUUGGAGCCCGAGAUCCCGGCUUCUGAUUACAUGGAUAUCAGUGAAGUCAAGAUUAAGAAACCAAAGAAGAAGAAGAGCAAGACUACCAAACAACGAGCUACCAUUGAGGACGACGAUCUUUUCCCUCCCACCGAAUCAAAUGGAGCAUCGAUGGAGGUUGAUUCAGCAAAUGGUGUUCCAGUUGUCGCCCCUCGAAAGCCAAUCGAUCAGAAUGUCUCCUUUGUGGAUGAUGACGAUUUACAAGCAUCUCUUGCUCUCCAGCGCCGUGCUGCAUUCAAAAAGCGCAAGAAGAUGCGCCCCGAGGAUCUUGCCCAACAGCUUCGUGAAGAAGAAUCACAAACUCCAAUGGAGGUAGAGACCCCCGGGGAUGAAACAGAAGAACCCGGUCUCGUUAUCGACGAGACAUCAGAAUUCAUUUCCAACCUUCAGAAACCCACCAUUCCCGAGAAAGAGGAGCGACGGAAGUCUACACCCAUGGAGGACGGAGCUCCCCAGCCCGAGCACGAGGAUGAGCUACAGGACGUCGAUAUGGAGCGCUCUUACAAUGAUAUCGAAGACGACGAGGACCUCGCCGAGCGUCUCAAGCAAGCACAAUCCGAAGAGGCCAAACAAGAGCUUACAGGUACCGGAUUGGAAGAAGAAUCUACAUUGGACCAGGGUCUAGGAGCUACAUUGGCAAUGCUACGACAGCGUGGUCUGGUGAAGAAGGAAACGAACAGCAGCGAAAACAACGUCCUUACCCGAGACCGUCAACGUUUCCUGCAAGACAAGCUGAACCGCGAGGCCGACGCCGACCGACGCGCCCGCUUACAACGUGAACGCGACCGUGCUUCCGGCAAGCUUGACCGCAUGACAGCCCGUGAGCGCGAGGAGUACGCCCGAUGGGAGAACAAGCAACGUGACCAACAAGAAGCGCGCCAGAUGGCGGAAAUCUUCAGUAAGGAGUAUAAGCCGGAUGUGCAACUUAAGUACACUGAUGAAUACGGUCGUGCGAUGAACCAGAAGGAAGCAUUCAAGCAUCUCAGUCACCAAUUCCACGGAAAGGGCAGCGGCAAGAUGAAGACGGAGAAACGAUUGAAGAAGAUCGAGGACGAACAGAAGCAAGAGGCUAUGAGUACCUUGGAUAGCAGUCAGCAUACGGGUAUGAACAAUGCCAUGGGAGCUCAAGCGCGUAAAAAUCGUCAAGCUGGUGUGCGACUGGGUUAA